CUGGGUUUGACCCCGUGCUCGGUGGAGAUAGUACACCAGACCUCAAACCCGUCAUGUCGAUCCAGAGUCCACCUCCGGCCCCGAGCGACUCGUUACCCCUCCCAAACGGCAAUGCCCAGACGACCCGGAACAACCCAAUAGCGCUUCGGUUGUACAAGAUCACCGCUCGGACAACGCUCGAUCAGCCCACUCAGGAAGCUCUUCAGAUCCUCUCUGAAAAGUAUUGUCAGAUUCCCAAUUCUCGAGAUGGAGCCGAGGCGGGUCCGAGCCGGACGAAUGGAUACUGGUUGGCCAACGGACAGGAGGAUGAGUGGGAUGAGCAUAGUUCCGAUUCUUCGGAUGAUGAGAAGGAGACUAGAGCGAACGAAGAAGCCAACCGGAGACGAGAAAAGAGAGCUAUGCGCUCGCUGCUAAGAGAUGCAGAUCCUGAUGCGGCUACAAGAGCGAGAAAGAACUUCAAGAAGGACGUCGAAGGGGAACUAGCGAAGGGCAGCAUGAAGUUCUUGACAGCGUUCGGAAAGGUCGAUGAGAAACUCCAAGUCCUCCGUGGAUAUCUGGACGAGAUGCAAACCCGAUGCAGCUCGAUACAAGCCGAACUGGACAGCGCGAACAAGGGUACUCAGAGCUUGUUGGAGCGGGCCAAGGGGCUUCAGGAUCAGCAGGCUUCUACCCAAAUGCGCUCGGAGCUCUCCAACCUAUUCCUCAAGCAUUUCACCCUCACACCAGAAGAGACCGAUGUGCUCAACUCGAAAGACGUGACCAUCAACGAAAAGCUUUUUCAAGCGAUGGACCGUGUCAAGAAGAUUCGAGAGGAUUGCGCGGGAUUAUUCGUUGUCGCUGGUGUUGGAGCUGGCUCAGCGGAAAACGGAGUCGGGGUGGAUCGGGAGAACGAGGACGGUCAAGAGGGGGACGGAGUGGAAGGACGCGACCCGGCGCUUGCUGCCAAAGAGAUCAUGUCACUGGCCUCUUCACAGCAAGACCUGGCUUUCGAUCGGAUCCACCGAUAUUGUUGUUUCGAGUUCAGAAAGUUUACUAAGGACACGCAGCUUGAAGUCUCUCGAGUGCUACGAGAGGCUGUUCGGCGGCUUCGAUCGCGCGAGAGCCUGUUGGAUGACGCGAUUCAAAUCCUCACCAGUAUUCGACAAGCAUCGAUCUUGCAGUCCUUUCUCGACGCAUUGACGAGAGGAGGCCCCGACGGGUUCCCCAGGCCUAUCGAACUUCACGCACACGAUCCCACGCGAUACAUCGGGGACAUGCUCGCUUGGGUACAUCAAGCAACAGCGGGUGAGAAUGAAUUUUUGGACGGUCUAUUCGAUGUAGACAAGGGGAAGAGGAGAAUGGUCGGGCAGGCGCGAGAGUUCGGGAACGCGAAAUCGGACCUCACACAAGAGGGUGUUGAGGUGGACCCGGAAGAGGUGGAGCAACGAGCUCGAGUCGAUCUAUCGAGGAGCUGUUUGGACAAGAAUCUGGAAGGUCUCUCUAGGCCACUCAAGAUCCGGAUACAAGACACCGUCAACUCGCAAGAGGGCGUCAUUAUGGCUUACAAGAUUGCAAACCUUGUACAGUUCUACCUCGUGACGAUGCAAAGGACGAUAGGAGAGGAGGCUAUCCUUACAGUAACUCUUGCCGAAAUUCAUAACAUUGCGCACAAAGCGUUCCUGAAUACCUUGGAGGCCCAAGGAAGAAGUCUUCUAAGAUUCCUUCACGCCCCCGAGAACAACUUGGCUCCGCCCAAUGCGCUACGAGAAUCGUCACAUGUUCUGCUCGAGAUCAUGUCCGUCUACGAUACCUCGCUGGUGGACGAUGUGGAUCGUGAAUCGGACUUUGCAAAGAUCCUGAAAGCCGCGGCAGAUCCGUUGAUGGAGAUGUGUCGGCAGAUGAUCGAGAUGAAGAGAGGAAGUGGACAGUGGGAAAAAGACAUCUUCUUGAUCAACUGCUCCAUGUACUUGCAGCACGUCUUGGAGGCAUACUCCUUCACUUCUGCUCGGCGCAAAGAACUCCAGGAGCAAAUUGAGACAUGGGAGGGGAGCCUGUUGGAGCAGCAUUAUCGCAAUUUGCUCAAGCAGAGCGGUUUGACCGGGGUGGUCGAUGCUCUGAAGACGCGUGAUCAGGCUCAAGGCGAUAUCACGCCUCUGUCUCGGUCACCUGCAGCAGAUUCACGAGCUAUCACCUUGGCCGUGAAAAGCCUGGAAGGCUUUUUGACAUCAGUCGACGUCUUGACGUCUGCCCGUCUCGCCUUGCUGACUUCGCCCCGCAUAGCAACGGAGAUUCAUCGGGGAGCGCUCGAACGGCUCGCGGGCGAUUAUGAAAAGCUCCACGACGCAGUCAUGGACAAAGCGAACAAGUACGAAUUCCCUUCAACCCUCAUGAACAGGUCGCCGGAAGAGGUCUACGUGCUGCUGGGAAUGGAAGCUCCGGAGCAGGCUAUGGGAAGCCCGGCGCCGAUCCAUCUUGUAUAGGCUAGU